CAUUAUCAGCUUCAGAAGCUGAUACACAGAAAAAACCCAUUCCAGAAACCCAGGAGAAAGAAUCUGAAACUGCAUUUGAGAAGAUGUUUGGAAAAUCUACUGGCUAUCUAACUACUGAGGAGAGUCAUAGGGUACUGGUCGUUGCUUGUGACUUGAUAAAACAGCAUGUACCAGCUGUGAUCAUGCAAGCUGUUCUACAGUUAUGUGCCCGCUUGACAAAAACACAUUCUCUGGCUUUACAAUUUCUUGAGAAUGGAGGUAUGGUUGCUCUUUUUAGUCUUCCAAAGAGUUGCUUCUUUCCUGGAUACGACACCCUGGCAUCUGCAAUCAUUCGGCAUUUGCUUGAAGAUCCUCAUACAUUGCAAACAGCUAUGGAAUUGGAGAUACGACAAACACUUAGCGGAAAUCGCCAUGGUGGUCGUGUUUCCCCAAGGACAUUUUUGACAUCAAUGGCACCGGUUAUCUCUAGAGAUUCGGUGGUUUUUAUGAAAGCUGCAGCUGCUGUUUGUCAGUUGGAGUCAUCAGGAGGGAGGACUGUGGUGGUGUUAUCAAAGGAAAAGGACAAGGAAAAGGACAAAUCAAAGGCAUCUGGUGUUGAAAUUGGAGCAUCUUCUAAUGAAUGUGUAAAAAUUCCUGAAGGUAAGACCCAUGAUGCACCUGGUAAGUUUACCAAAGGCCACAAAAAGAUUCCUGCAAACCUUACUCAGGUAAUUGAUCAGCUCCUUGAAAUUGUUUUGAAAUAUCCUUCACCUAAAAGCGAUGAAAAUUGUACAAGUUAUUCAAGUGCUAUGGAGGUGGAUGAACCUGCUACCAAAAUUAAGGGUAAAUCAAAGGUUGAUGAGACAAAGAAGAUUGAGUCAGACCACCUAUCUGAGAGAUCAGCGGCACUAGCUAAGGUGACUUUUGUCCUCAAACUGUUGAGCGACAUUCUUCUGAUGUAUGUCCAUGCAGUUGGGGUUAUACUGAGACGAGAUUCAGAAAUGUGUCAAGUCCGGGGAUGUAAUAUUUUAGAAACUCCUGGACAUGGUGGGAUACUGCAUCAUGUUUUACACUAUCUUCUUCCCCUGUCUGCAGAUAAAAGUGCUGGACCUGAUGAAUGGAGAAGCAAGUUGUCUGAAAAAGCUUCAUGGUUUCUUGUAGUUUUGUGUGGUCGUACUAGUGAAGGUCGUAGAAGAGUAAUUAAUGAACUUGUGAAAGCUUUAUCUACGUUUUCAAACUUGGAGAGCAAUUCUUCCAAGAGCAGCUUAUUGCCAGAUAAAAGGGUUCUCGCUUUUGCUGAUCUGUUAUAUUCAAUUUUGUCCAAAAAUUCAUCCUCCAGCAACUUACCUGGUUCUGGGUGCUCACCUGACAUUGCAAAAAGUAUGAUAGAUGGUGGAAUGGUUCAGUCUCUAACCAGCAUUCUUCAGGUGAUUGAUUUGGACCAUCCUGGUGCUCCCAAACUUGUGAAUCUUAUACUUAAGGCUUUAGAAAGCCUAACUUGGGCUGCCAAUGCUAGCGAGCAAGUCUUCAAAUCUGAUGCACUGAACAAGAAAAAAACUGCUGGUUCAAAUGGGAGGUCGGAUGAUCAAACAAUUACAAUCGCAGUUGCUGAGACAGUAGACCCUAAUCAGAAUCAGAGCAGUCAACAGGAAGUUACUGAUGCUGUAGAUACCGAACUGCAGCAGAAUCAAGGUGAUCAUGAUGCAACUCCAAAUCAGUCUCUGGAGCAGGAUAUGAGAAUUGAGGUGGAAGAGACUAUGACUGCUAAUCCACCUAUGGAGCUUGGGAUGGAUUUUAUGCGUGAAGAAAUUGAAGAAGGUGGUGUGAUACAUAAUAGAAACCAAAUUGAGUUGACUUAUCGAGUUGAGAACAGGGCAGAUGAUGAUAUGGGUGAUGACGACGACGACAUGGGGGAUGAUGGUGAGGAUGACGAGGAUGAUGAUGAGGGGGAGGAUGAGGACGAGGAUAUAGCAGAAGAUGGUACUGCUUUGAUGUCUCUAGCUGAUACAGAUGGUGAUGAUCAUGACGAUGCUGGUUUGGGAGAUGAAUAUAAUGAUGAUAUGGUUGAUGAAGAGGAUGAUGAUUUUCAUGAAAAUCGUGUGAUAGAGGUAAGAUGGAGGGAAGCCCUUGAUGGGUUAGAUCAUUUGCAGGUGCUUGGUCAACCUGGAGCUUCAGGUGGUCUCUUUGAUGUUGCAGCUGAACCCUUUGAGGGGGUGAAUGUGGAUGACUUAUUUGGUCUUCGUAGGCCUCUAGGCUUUGAACGUCGCCGGCAGACAAGUAGGACUUCCUUUCAGCGAUCUGCUGCAGAAGGAAAUGGUCUUCAACAUCCUCUCCUCUUGAGGCCAUCCCAGUCCGGGGAUCUCAUUUCUAUGUGGUCAUCUGGUGGGAAUUCAUCCAGGGAUUUGGAACCCUCUGCUGGGAGCUUUGAUGUAGCUCAUUUCUACAUGUUUGACGCCCCCGUUCUUCCCUUUGAUCAUGUACCAGCUAGUCUUUUUGGUGACCGAUUGGGUGGUGCAGCACCACCGCCAUUGGCUGAUUUUUCUGUGGGUCUGGAGUCCUUGCGUUUGCCAGGUAGAAGAGGGCCAGGUGAUGGUAGAUGGACAGACGAUGGUCAGCCACAAGCAGGUGGGCUAGCUGCUGCUAUUGCGCAAGCAAUAGAGGAACAGUUUAUAUCUCAACUACGCAGUGUUGCUCCUGCCAACAGUUUGGCUGAAAGGCAGUUGCAGAACUCAGAACUGCAUGAGACACAACAGUCAGAUGCCCCCUUAACAAAUAGCCAAAUGCCUGUAGAUGAAAACACUGGUGAUCGGCAGACUGAAGAUCAACAUCAUGAGCAUGGUGUUGAAACUGCUCAUCAUGAAACUAAUCAAAUGCUUGAAAAUGUUCCUUCUCCAGAACAAGUCAACCCAGAGGGUGUUGAAGCAAAUGAAUGCCACCAACAGGUACUUGAAUCUAUGUCAAGUGAUGUGAUGGCUGAGAAUGGUGCUUUAAAUGGCCAUGAUAGCAUGGAAAUUGGGGAAGGAAAUAGCACCGUCAAUGAGCAGGAUUUUGGUCGUGAUGGAUCUUCAGCAGCAGAUAGCCAGUCCAGUAAUUAUGCAUUGGUAACUUCUGGUGUUGAGAUUUCUAAUCAAGGUGAUUGUCACGAUUCUUCGGUCAAUGGAAGUCAAGAUGUUGAUAUGAACAGUGUGGCCAUGGAAGGAAUUCCAGUUGAGCAACCCGUACCUUCUACUGAGGUUAGCGUGGAUGAACUAUUGUCAGGACAGAAUUCUCUUGGUGCUCAAGGUCAGACUGAUCAAACUAGUUUGAAUAAUGAGGCUUCUAAUGCAAAUGGUAUAGAUCCAACCUUCUUAGAGGCCCUUCCUGAAGAUCUCCGGGCAGAAGUUCUAGCUUCCCAGCAAGCUCAAUCUUCACAAGCUCCGACUUAUGCUCCACCUUCAGCAGAGGAUAUUGAUCCAGAGUUUUUAGCUGCUCUCCCUCCAGAUAUACAAGCAGAAGUUUUGGCUCAACAACGAGCACGGAGAGUCACACAGCAGGCAGAAGGACAACCUGUUGACAUGGACAAUGCUUCAAUCAUAGCUACUUUUCCUUGGCUGCUUUUGUUUCAGGUGCUUUUGACUAGUUCGGAAGCAGUUUUGUCAGCAUUGCCCUCUCCAUUACUUGCUGAAGCUCAAAUGCUCAGGGACAGAGCAAUGAGCCAUUAUCAGGCUCGGAGCCUGUUUGGAAGUGGUCACAGGCUUAAUAAUCGGAGGAAUGGUUUAGGGUUUGACAGGCAGACAGUGAUGGACAGAGGUGUCGGAGUUACGAUAGGCCGAAGGGCAUCUUCUGCUCUUGCAGAGAGCUUGGAGUUGAAGGAAAUUGAAGGAGAGCCUCUUUUGGAUGCAUAUGCUUUGAAAGCAUUGAUCCGACUCCUAAGAUUAGCACAGCCUCUUGGGAAAGGCCUUCUACAGAGAUUAUUGUUGAAUUUAUGUGCGAAUAGUGUUACAAGGUCAAUUCUAGUUUGGCUUCUACUCGACAUGAUCAAGCCUGAGACUGAAAGCCCAGCCAGCGGAUUGACAACAGUUAAUUCUCAGAGGCUUUAUGGCUGUCAGUCCAAUGUUGUUUAUGGUCGAUCUCAGCUGUUGGAUGGUCUUCCCCCCCUGGUGCUGCGCCGGAUACUUGAGAUUUUGACUUAUCUGGCCAACAACCAUUCGGCAGUUGCAAACAUCUUGUUCCACUUUGAUACCUCCCUUGUUCCAGAUUAUUUGAAUCCAAAAUCUUCAGAGAUUAAGAAGGAUAAAGGGAAGGAGAAAAUAGGGGGAGAUGAUAUAUCAAACCCUUUAGGGAACUUUGAGAUGGGUGAUGUUCCUUUAAUACUGUUCCUGAAACUUUUGAGUCAACCGCUUUUCUUACACAGCAGUGCUCAUCUUGAGCAGGUCAUGGGUCUAAUUCAAGUAAUUAUCGAUACUGCAGCAUCAAAGUUGGACCGUCAAUCUCAUUCUGAACAAGCACCCGCCAAUUCCCAAAAUAUAUCUCCUGAUGAAGCUAUAGAUGGUGUUCAGAAAGAUAUACCUAUGUCAGAAGUGGAAUCUAACCAAGAUGAUAAGAGUGCCAGUGCUGAGUUAUCCACAUCAGAUGGGCAGAGAAGCGUCAGCAGUUAUAAUAUCUUCUUGCAGCUCCCACAAGCUGAUUUGCACAAUCUAUGCAGUCUUCUUGGCCAUGAGGGGCUGUCAGACAAAGUUUACUCGCUUGCUGGAGAGGUACUGAAGAAGUUGGCAUUGGUUGUUGCCCCCCAUAGAAAGUUUUUUGUUUCAGAGCUUUCAGAGCUAGCUCAUAGUUUGAGCAAUUCAGCUGUCUGUGAGCUCAUUACACUGAGGAAUACGCACAUGCUGGGUUUGAGUGCAGGAUCUAUGGCUGGGCCUGCAAUUCUUCGUGUGCUCCAGACACUUAAUUCGCUUACUUCACCUAGUGUCGAUGGGAAUAAGGGUAUUGAGGUUGAUGGGGAACGGGAAGAGCAUGCCAUUAUGUGGAAUUUAAGUGUUGCACUCGAGCCAUUGUGGAAAGAACUAAGUGAGUGCAUAAACACUACUGAGGCAGAAUUGGUGCAAAGCUCUUUCUCUUCAAUUUUAUCAAAUGCAAAUGUUGGGGAGCAUGUGCCUGGGUCCUCAUCUCUGUCUCCUCUUCCGCCUGGAACUCAGAGACUGUUGCCAUUCAUUGAGGCUUUCUUUGUUUUGAGUGAAAAACUACAAGCAAACAAUUCCAUCAUGCAGCAGGAUCAUGCCAAUAUCACUGCUAGAGAAGUAAAAGAGUCUGCUGGGACUUCAGCUCCAUCCCCCACCAAAUGUGGAGUUGAUUCUCAAAAAAGGCUUGAUGGUGCUGUAACAUUUGCAAAGUUUGCUGAUAAGCAUCGUCGCCUACUCAAUGCUUUUGUCAGGCAGAAUCCAGGUUUGUUGGAGAAAUCCCUUUCUAUGAUGCUGAAAGCCCCGAGGCUGAUUGAUUUUGACAACAAAAGAUCCUAUUUUCGCUCAAGAAUCAGGCAGCAGCAUGAUCAGCACCUCUCUGGCCCACUGCGGAUAAGUGUUCGGCGGGCAUAUGUUUUAGAGGACUCAUAUAAUCAACUGCGAAUGCGACCUAAUCAGGACCUAAAGAGUAGAUUGAAUGUACAUUUCCAAGGUGAAGAGGGUAUUGAUGCUGGUGGUUUGACGAGAGAGUGGUAUCAAUUACUGUCGAGGGUUAUAUUUGACAAGGGAGCAUUGCUUUUCACUACGGUGGGAAACAAUGCAACCUUCCAACCAAAUCCCAACUCCGACUACCAGACUGAACAUCUUUCUUACUUUAAAUUUGUGGGUCGUGUGGUUGCUAAGGCAUUGUUUGACGGGCAAUUGUUGGAUGUCUAUUUCACUCGAUCUUUCUACAAGCACAUUCUUGGUGUGAAGGUGACUUAUCAUGACAUAGAGGCUGUUGAUCCCGAUUACUAUAAGAACUUGAAGUGGAUGCUGGAGAAUGAUGUGAGCGACAUACCUGAUCUGACAUUUAGCAUGGACGCGGAUGAGGAGAAGCAUAUCCUCUAUGAGAAAACAGAGGUUACUGAUUAUGAGCUUAAGCCUGGAGGAAGAAAUACGAGGGUCACAGAAGAAACAAAGCAUGAGUAUGUGGACCUUGUGGCUGAACAUAUUCUGACAAAUGCUAUCCGCCCUCAAAUUAAUUCCUUUCUGGAUGGUUUCAAUGAAUUGAUACAUCGUGAACUUAUUUCUAUUUUCAAUGAUAAAGAGCUUGAGCUUCUAAUCAGUGGGCUUCCAGAAAUUGAUUUGGAUGAUCUGAAGGCCAACACCGAGUAUACUGGCUACACUGUAGCAUCUAGUGUUGUUCAAUGGUUUUGGGAGGUUGUCAAGGCUUUUAACAAGGAAGAUAUGGCAAGAUUUCUGCAGUUUGUGACUGGUACAUCAAAGGUUCCUUUAGAGGGGUUUAAAGCAUUGCAAGGAAUUUCUGGUCCUCAGAGGUUUCAAAUUCACAAAGCAUAUGGAGCUCCUGAGCGGCUACCAUCAGCUCAUACCUGCUUCAAUCAACUAGACCUUCCUGAGUAUACUUCCAAGGAACAGCUUCAAGAGCGCUUGGUCCUUGCUAUCCAUGAAGCUAGUGAAGGAUUUGGCUUUGGUUGAUUGAGAAUUUCUUCAUUGCAUCAUCACUCCAAUACUGCCAGCACUUCCAAUUACAAUGUACAUAUAAAAGAGCGACUGAUCCAGGUUACAUGCCAUAGGGAGGCCCGUGUCAAGAUUGAAGGAUUCUGUGCUGUAAUUAUUGGGAGUGAUGCCUUAAUCCACGCCUAAAUGGCAGAUGAUAUGAUGAUGUGUUUGCUUUUUGUUGAAUGCUGGUCUCCUCAGUGUUAUGGCCAAGAAACCCGAUUCUUUUGUAGUUUCUUGCCAUCUCUACACAGUUUCAGAGAAUGCUGAUAAUGCCUGGGAGAAACUUUGGCCCCCUUUUGUAUAUCUUAGCUUUUAUUUUGGUCUUUUGUUAAUAUAUUCUUUAUUUAUGGAUCUAGUGGCCAAUUUGCAUUCUGACCAGUCUUUCUGGGUUUAGUUCAGAGGUAUUGACUCGUAAUGGAAUCCGAGUAUUUGAUAUUUUUCUU